CAACUUCUGGCGGAAACACUGCAGGUUCGCCUCCAGUCGACUGACAUACUGCCACACCCGGCCGUCAUCUGUGGAUUUCUGUGCUGUGAUUUCGGUAUGCGUGGUCUGAGUACCAUGCAUUUUGGAGGAUUGACGGACAAGGAGCGCCGUCAACCAUCGAUUGCCUCUGCACUGUCGGGUCUAGCAGCAGUGACUGAGUUAAUCUACCUCCCAUUCAUGGCAAACAUGGAGAAGGCACGCGAGUUUGUUUCCAAGUUGACUCGUUCAAGGCUGAGCCGCAGCUUUGGCAUCCCCGAAGCACGAUCCGAGUUGGUUCAUUGGGUGGACGAGCGCUUUGAAUCGAUGAGACUUCUGCUGGCACAAGACCAGAUCGAAGCAGCUCAAGCCGUUCAUGAAUCAUUUCACGAAGGGGAUGCCUCCUUUACGCGGUUAAUGCAGGUCGUCAAUGAGUGCCGGCUU